ACACAGCCCAAUACUACUAGCCACAAGACAGCAGCAGCAGCAGCAGCGCGCGGACCCGACCUGACCUGACUGACCUCCUCCCACGCCCGGACGGCGGAAGGCCGCAGCAGCCAAGCCAUGGCGGUGGACCUGAUGUCCUGCGGCGGCGGCGGGGCGUACGAGCACCUGGCGUUCCAGGAGGCGGCCGCGGCGGGGCUGCGCAGCCUGGAGCUGCUGGCUUCCUCGCUCUCCCCGUGCGCCGCGGGGCGGGCUGAGUCGCCGCCGCUGGGGCAGAUCGCCGACCAGGCCGUGUCCCGCUUCCGCCGCGUCAUCAACCUGCUGGACCGCACGGGCCACGCCCGCUUCCGCCGCGCGCCCGCCGCCGCGGCGAAGCCUAUAGGGAUGACGGAGACGGAGGCGGCGCUCCCUCCCGCGUCGGGCCGACAGGCGGUGGCGGUGGAGCCGGCGCAGAAGACGGAGCCGGCGCAGAAGACGGCCCUGACGCUGGACUUCGCCAAGCCGGCCCCGGCCCCGGCCGUGUCCGCGACGUCGACCUCGUUCCUGUCGUCGGUGACUGCGGGCGGCGAGGCGUCCAAGGGGUGCAGCCUUGCCGCCGUGUCCUCCGGCAAGCCUCCCCUCCCGAAGCGCAAGCUGCCGCCGUGCGCCGCCGCCGUCCCCCACCACCACCAGCACCAGGCGCACCACCCCCACCCCGCCGAGCGGUGCCACUGCUCCUCCAAGAAGAAGCGCGCCCGGCAUGGGAUGCUGUCGAGGCGCACCGUGCGCGUGCCCGCGGCCGCGGCCGCGGCGGGGUCGCAGCCGCCCCACCCCCACGCGCCCGCGUCGUCGGACAUCCCCGCCGACGACUACUCGUGGCGCAAGUACGGGCAGAAGCCCAUCAAGGGGUCCCCCUACCCGCGCGGCUACUACCGCUGCAGCAGCGCCAAGGGCUGCCCCGCGCGCAAGCACGUGGAGCGCGCCGCCGACGACCCGGCCACGCUCGUCGUCACCUACGAGGGCGACCACCGCCACGACGCCGCCGCCGGCCACGCGCCGUGAACAUCCUUUUUUCCCCCACACUCAUUAGCAGCGGUAGUCGAUCAGUGCUAGUGGUCCGCUUGUUCGAUUUGUUCUUUCUUUGGAUUAGUUGUAGAUCUCAAGCUUUGCUUCUGUAAAUGAAGAAAUCAAAAGGCUUCGAAUU